UUCCCAUCAUCCUCUGCACGAACCCGCCCUGUUUUUGGCUCAGGUUGUUGUUAUAGUCAUCGAUGUAGGGAAGGAGUCAUCGCUACCAGCUUAGCGUUGUUAAAUUCCGCGAUUACAGUAAAACGGCAGUAAGUGAUAUAGAUAUUAUUACUAUUAUUAUUAGAGCUACAUUAACCUGCAGUGACCGCAGGGAUGGAGGUGAUCGAGUCGAUAGUUACGGACGGUAUUGAGGUAGAAGAGUCCACAGCCACGGUUUCUACUCUGGAGUGCGAAAAGUCGAAAACAGAGUUUGUAUGGACAUUACAAGCCACGUGGCAUCUGGUUCGAGUUCGUCUGGAAAUGGACCACGAGUUUGACCAGCCUGUGUGCAAGAAGAAGAAGCUUUGGGAGACAGUGGCCGAGAGAGUGACUGUCAGGUUAAGAGAAGAGGGCUACCAGGACGUGGCAGUGAAGGCCUUCGAGUGUGACCUCAAGUGGAGAAACAUGCUGGCAACUUAUCGGAAGAACACAGAACGGGCCAAGAGGCUCGGGCCCCACAGCGUCCACUGGGAGUUCUUCAAGACCAUGCACGAAGUUCUGGGCCGCAGCUACGAGGAGAUCGAGGCCCAGCGCAGAGCCAAGCUGAGCUGCACCAAGGUGGGCAAGGCCAUGGCCAAUAAACGUUACACACCCAUCCUACCCACCCCCACUCUAACAACCACAGCAGCCCCUCCCAGCAGACCCCCACAGGACGUCCUCCAGCUGUACCUGGAGCUGCAGGAGAGGAAGCUGAACAUGUGGGCGCAGCAGAAGGCUCUGGAGGAGAGGAAGAUCGAGGCUAUUAAUAACCUGGCCAGGGCCAUCAGCAGCCUGGCACAGGACAGUACAGCGCAGGUGUCCAGAGAGCCCACAGUCUCUGACCCGCUGUCUUCACUUUCAUCAUAACACUAAAAAAAGAUUACAAAAAGUACAACAGAACUAUUUCAUGUACAUUUUCACACAGUAGUGUAAAACAGACAAUAAACACAAUACAUCAAGAUUUUCAUUUCAGAUUUUUACGUUUAAACAGUUGAAAGCUGAAUAUAUUCCCACACAGAUUUACCACACCCAAGUAAACACUGUCUAAUAAAACCUGUUAUUUCCUUUC